CCAAGCCGGUCAGCCGUCUUGGAUUGGUAUUGAAUGAUCCUUUUUAACCUUCUUGUCGAAAUACUUACAACUAUCUAAUAGCCCUACAAUAUCUUCUCCUUUUCGACUUAGAGAAUUCAAUAUCCGCAGAAUUUUCUCACUCGAUUUCCUUUUUCUACUUCCUCAUAGUUUUAAGAGUAUUGGUUUUCAUGCGAAAAGAAAUACCGAGACAAUCCUCAAACUUGACUUGCGAAGCUGAUAACAACAAAUUCAUAAUUAGAACGGGCUAAUUCCAUUCCCGAAACAUUGAUCAUUCAACCAUUUAUAAAAGAGACAACUCAUUCUUUGGUUUUUAGGGAAUCUGUUAAGCUUGCCGACUUUCUGAAAUAAGAAAUCAUAGACUUCUCGAGGCAUUGGUUUCCAUGGAUUGAUUGCUUGGAGUUAUUAUAAUUUGUUAAGAUUUGGCGCAAAACAAUCGGAGGGAUAGGAGAGUCGAGGCGAUCAAGAAGGAGAGAAAGCAGGAAAAAUCAUGGCAUAUGAUCAGGGUUAUUACGAACAACCACAGAGGCCAUAUAAUGGACGAGCUGCUCAAAGACCGAAUCCAGCACAAGAAUAUCAACAAGCGCCUGCACAACAAUAUUCACAACAACAAUAUAAUGAAUUUGGUCAAGAUGGUUAUGGAUAUGAGAAUUAUGACAAUGGAUAUUCACAAGAUUAUAAUGGUGGAGGUGGAGGUGGAGGUAGAGGGAAUGCGAAUGGAGGUGGUUAUGGAAAUAUGAAUGGAGGGGGUAGAGGUGGUUACCCUCCAAAUCCGAAUGGACGAGGAAGGGAAUAUCCUCCAAAUCCAAAUGCAGGAGGUAGAGGUUAUCCACCACCGAAUCAAAAUUAUCCUCCACAACAAGAAUAUUAUGCAAAUGGUAGAGGUGAGAUGCCACCGAGAGGAGGUGGACCUAAUCCGAAUGGUAGAGGUGGGCCAAUGCAAAGACCUCCUCCAGCUCGCAUGGGACAUGAAGGACCACAAGGAAGAGGAUACCCUCCAAAUGGUGGCCCUGUAAAUGGAAAUGGCAGACCAAUGGAUGACCGAAUGAGGCCAGCACAAGGACGUGAGUGAAAAAAAGGUGUAUAUUGUGAAUAGGUAUAUUGACUACAUUUCAGAACAACGACCUCGGAAACCUUUAGUAACACCUCCUAGAUCACCAGAAGCUUCCACAUCAUCUUUCGAUAGCCCUUUUCCUACUUUUCCCGGAGCAAGGAAGAAAACUGCAUUGUCUGAAGAACAGGAAAUUAUCCAAAAAUUGGGUGCAAUAAAUAUUUCGAGUCCUCCCACUUCUAGGCGACCUGGAACGGCUGGAAGUAAAGGAAGUCGUGAUAAUUAUGGACCGAGGAGAGGUAUGUCAAAUGAUGAUUAUGGAAGACCUUCAUUGGAUAGUCAAAGGAGCGCACCACGAGGAGGGUAUCCACAAGGAAUGCCAGAUCAGCGAAGAGGCCCACCACCGAGAGGGAUGACACCAGGUCCUCCUAGGCAAGACUUCCCGGAAAGGAGGGGACCACCCCCAGGACAAGGUUUUGGUGGUACACCAAGGCAGAAUGGUUAUGGGGAUCGUGGUUAUGAUCAAUAUGGAAAUCCCAUGUCACCAGUUCGAGAUGAUAUGGAGAAUUUUGGUCCUCUACAAAGAAGCAUGACUAUGCCAGAUACUCCUGGACCCAUGGGGAAUGGUCCACCAGCCUCUUCAAUGGAUGGACCAGGAAUGAGUGCACCAUACAAUGGUCCUAUUGGACGUAGUAUACCUGUCCGACCUGCUACAACUACCGGAUCAAGACCGCCGCCACAAAGAGCAUACCCAAACCAACAACCUAUUCAACAACCACCUCCGCAACAGCAAUACCAGCAAGAUUAUUCAGGUAAUCCUUAUGCCGAUCAUAAUCCGGAUGACAGCCUGGGCACAUUCUAUGAUGCAUAUUAUGAAUCAUCGGCUCCACCACCCACACAUAACCGAAAUCUUUCAAAUACUUCGGAAAUGCCAGAUUUUGAUGCCGCACCCCAAAGAACUGUACAUAGAAGAGGUGCUUCGAUUGAAGCUCAUAUUCAACCUGGAGCAGGUUCUGAGCCUGGAUUUGACCUCAUGCAUACUGGUGGCCCUGUGGAAAGGAAUGGAAACCUCCGUCAAGUCAAACCUGUUAAAUCUCAGCCGGAUUUCAGAGCUCAAGCCCAAGCUCAAACUGCAAUUUUCGAGAUGGCAGGGGAUGCGCCACCAAUUCCUAACAUACCACAGCAAGGUUUUCAAAAUGGCUGGGAACAACAAAAUACUCAAUAUAACCAAUAUCAAGGCCCACCACAAGGUCAAGUAUAUGACCAAUAUCCUAGUCAAGCACCAAAGUUUCAACCACCACCAAGAAGUAUGUCUGCCGCUCCUGGGGCUGGCCGUGGAAUGUCACAACCUGGAUUUGGAGGAAUGUUGAAUGGCCCUUCGCCUCAAAAUGGUGGUUACCCUGGUCCACAAAAUGGAGGAUUUCAAGGUGAUCGUCAAAAUAGUCUUCAAAAGCAAGGUACUCCAGAGGGUAGUCUACCUCCUCAUGCUCCACCAGUUCGUGCUGGCUUGAUACCCAAUUCUUUCGCUCAACAGCAACAGAAUAUUAAACCACCACCCAUGCGCAAUUAUGGCGGGUUUAACCCUUCGCCUCAAUCAAGUACUCCGGUUCAAACAUCUAAUGGUGCAUCUCCUACGGUUCCUACUUCUACAACGGCUCCCGCACAACCAGUAACUCAAGCCGAACUUGAUCGUUUGAGGUUGAAGUAUAAAAACGGUAACCCAACCGAUAACGAGACACCUCUACUCUUUGUUAAGAAAUUAGUAGAGGCUUCCGAUGUUUUAGUCGCACCUAUUGCUGACCAAAGAGCACGUAACAAGGCAAGAGAAAAGUAUGUUUUUGAAGCUACUAAAGUCCUGAAGAAGUUGAGAGAGGCUCAACAUCCAGAUGCCAUGUUUUAUUUUGCAGAUUGUUACGGCCGUGGCGCCCUUGGUCUUGAAGUUAACGAGAAGGAAGCAUUUACCCUCUACCAAUCUGCCGCAAAACUUGGUCAUCCGCAAGCCGCAUAUCGAACUGCAGUAUGUUGCGAACUAGGAAACGAGGAAGGUGGUGGUACACGUAAAGAUCCUCUUAAAGCCAUGCAAUGGUAUAAACGCGCUGCUACUCUUGGAGACACACCUGCCAUGUACAAGAUGGGUAUGAUCCAACUAAAGGGACUUUUAGGGCAACCGAUCAACGCUCGCGAAGCCGUCGUUUGGCUUAAAAGAGCUGCUGAGCGUGCCGAUCCUGAAAACCCUCAUGCCCUACACGAACUAGGCCUUCUAUAUGAAGCACCACAAGGUCCAGAUACGUCACUCCUUCGCGAUGAAGCAUAUGCCUUUCAGCUUUUCCAGCAAGCGGCCGAACUCGGGUAUAAAUUUUCACAAUUUCGUCUAGGCCAAGCUUAUGAGUAUGGUCAAUUCAAUUGUCCAAUUGAUGCUAGACAGUCUAUUUUGUGGUAUUCCAAAGCAGCGGUUCAAGAAGAGCAUCAAAGUGAAUUGGCGCUUAGUGGUUGGUAUUUAACGGGUCAUGAGAAUAUUUUGCAACAGAGUGAUACAGAGGCUUAUUUGUGGGCGAGGAAGGCUGCGAUGGCGAAAUUAGCAAAGGCUGAGUAUGCUAUGGGUUAUUAUAGUGAGGAAGGAAUUGGUACGCCGAAGAGUUUGGAGGAUGCUAAGAGGUGGUAUUGGAGGGCUGCUGGUAGGUUAUUUUGCUUUUCUGUGUUAUUUUUACUCUAUUCUACUUUCUCUAUUGUUAUUGUUGGUGUUUUUUUAAAGGAUGCAUGGCUGAUAAAUAUACAGCGCAAAAUUUCCCCAAGGCUCGUGAAAAGCUCGAGGAGCUUAAACGAAAUGGCGGAAAACAGAGUAACAAGGGAAGAGAAAGAAUCUCAAGAUCUAAAGGAGCGAAUCAGAAGAAUAAUGAGGAAUGUUCUGUUAUGUAGACAGGGCAUUCUUCUCUUCUAUUUCACUUGAUUUUGGAGACUAGUAAGAGUGUGUAAAAAGGGAGGACGAAAGGGGUAGUGCAAUUGCAUGGUAUCCCAUCUGAUGCACGCAUUGGAUUGGAUGAAACUCAUAAGAAAGAAGAAAAUAUGAGAAUGGUUGGGAUGAAUAAACGGAUGGAGUUUUGCAAUAUCAGGAUUUUAACAUAGCAUUUGCAGCGUAUUUGGAUGGUUGGAUAUCUUGAUGGACAGGACAGGACAGGACAGGUGCAUUGAAAUGUUCUUUAGGCGUUGACUACAAUGGUUUGGAAUGGUUUGGAAUGGUUUGGAAUGGUUUGGGUGGAGUAACAUGACACAUUGAUCCAUGGGUCGUAUUAGAUGGAUGGAUGGAUAUGUAUUUACACAUUUGCUGUAUUUGGAGAAGAUGUGCAGAGGAAGGGAGAAUGAUUAAGGGACGUGAGAAUGGGAAUGGAUUGGAUUGGAAUGGAAGUUGGGAAGAGGAGCAAUUAGAGUGGAAAAAUGGAAGCGUGGAUGUGAAUGUAUGUGAAUUGAGGAGGAGAGGAAAUGAUAUGAUAUGUAUACUGUGCAGUG